UAGAAUAUACUCCCAGCCUCCAGAAGCAGCUGCUUGGCGUGGCUAUAGCCUAGCAUUUUCAUUCUGUUACUCAAAUAAAUUCAGUACCGUAAACACGUCAGUUACUCCAAAAUAAAAAACGAGAGAAAAAACAACAAAAAUAGUCUCAAAACAUCCCCUAAUCAUAAGCCAAGUGUAAAUAAGACAACAGCUGUAGUCAGGAGCAUUGAAAAUCAAUCAGAGAUGACGGAUUUAACUGAAGUGAAGAUGAACGUUGCUGCCCUGAAACGCGUUGAUCCGUACAUCAGGGAUAUCCUGGAGACAGCAACUCAUGUUGCACUUUAUACUUUUAAUGCUGACAACAAUGAAUGGGAGAAGACUGACAUCGAGGGGGCAUUAUUCGUUUACUCGAGAACAGGAGAGCCCUACAAUAGUAUCUUGAUCAUGAACCGCCUGAAUACAAAUAAUCUGGUGGAACCAGUAACACAGGGGCUGGACCUUCAACUCCAGGAGCCAUUUCUGCUGUAUAGAAAUGCAAAAUGCAAUAUCUACGGUAUUUGGUUUUAUGACAAAGACGAGUGCGUGAGAAUUGGCUCGAUGCUGGAUAAACUCGUCAAGGUUUCUGAUGAGAAUCGUAAGACAGUGGCGAAUUCCGGUGGAAAGGGAAAAAAGGCUGCCAAGGCCACCACCAAUAAUGUCGAUAUAUUCAGUAUGCUGAGUAAAGCGCAGGAGGACUUCAACACUACUAAAGGAUCAGGGAAAAAAUCCGAUGGCAAUGGAAUUGGUAAUAUCAGUAUCAAUGAAAAUCAAGGAAAUAUUACACCACUUUCUGCACCACUGGGGCUCGAUGUCACGUCCCAGAGUGUAAUGGACUUCUUCGCAAAGGCGAAGGUGAAUACAGGACACUUCAAAGCUGGUGAUCAACCAACUCCAAGUGUUCACGCAGUGAGUGAGACAAAGCCCUUCCUGGCACGUCUGAUGUCUCACCCAGCAGCUCACACCCUUGAACACAUCGAGAAGCAACAGAGGUCAACGACUCCACAGCCCCUGCAACCAGCUAUUCCCUCAAUCCUUCCACCAGCAAUAGUUCGCACCCAGAAGUUCAUAGCCCAACGUCCCUCGCCUGGUAAACCCAAAAAACAGAGUAAAAUGACGCCUCAACAACAGGAAUCUGUGGUUUCCACGUUGAAUUCAGUCUCACAGGAACUCCAGAGACAAUCCAAGUGUAUUAAUGAUACAAAUGGCUCUAUGAGCUUUCACAGGAUACAGUCACCCACUACACCGUCCAGUGUUCUCAAUCAGACGACUAGGCAUGGAAUUUUUAGUAUUGGGGGACAGUCUAUUGAUUGCACGAGGAAUAUGCACGACGAUUCGAUGGGGACAGGUUCCCUCCCUGAGGCCAUAUCUGCUCUCCCUCUGUCCUUCGUCAAUCUGGGAAUGGAGUGCAAACCCUCUGGCUUCACCUCUCCCACAGGGUCUCACCCACCUCUGACAAAUGCUUACCUGCAAACUCCGGAUGAGACACCCACGAGACAUUUACACGGUGUGGCCUCAGCACCAGCACUCAUUCCUCCAGUGAUGUUCUCGGCCCCCAGCCCCUCGGAACCCCCCAACCGACCACUGGAGCCCCUCACCAGGAAUCAACUGCUCCAGGCCUUCAACUAUCUUCUCAAGAACGAUUCAGACUUCAUAAACAAACUCCACGAGGCGUACGUCAAGUCCUUCAGUGAAAUCCUCUCAUAGAUCACCAUCGAUCAAUUAUUUUUGUGAUUAUUUUUUAUUGCGGGCUACAGUCGAUCGAUCGGUGUUUUAAUCGAUGUGGAGUUGGAAAUGGGAUUGAUAUGGGCAUGAAAAUGAUAUUAAAUUGAGAUAAAAUGGGAAAAUCCGGUGGAAGUAAUUGUGGAGAAAAUUUCGAUAAAAUUUGGGUCACACUGGAGACAAGGUGAAAAAAAAUGGAAAAUAAGUCCGAUUUUCGUUCUUUUUCGUGAGGAGACGAAUGAAAAAUUGAAUCAUUAUUUUUUAUAAAAAAAGAAAAUGAAAAGAUGGAAAAUGCAACAGGAAUGUAACGAAUCAUGGGUGAAGUGGGGAUUUUAAUCUGUGAUGCCAAAAAAA